CGCAGCGGUCUGUGCAUAUGUGCCUCGGAUGAGCGACGACGACAACAGCGUCUCCCCAUCCCCGUCUUGGCCACUCCAUCCACAACCCAACCACUACUCUUCGCUAACAGCCUCUGUUCAUGGGCAUUUGAAUACCGGUGGCGUGAGCUUUGAUACUUUCCGACCCUGGUUUCGCACACUUCACCAUGCCACCCCGCCUGCAGCACCGCAAACGCAAGAACACCAUCCUCUACCCGCAUGAGGUGGAAGAGUAUGAGCGUCAAAUGGGGUUCUCGCGCGCCAAGAGCCGUCGUAGCUUGGAGAGUGGAGUGAAUUGCGCGCCGCGGGAUAUGGCUGACCGCAGAAUGAGCCCCAGGGCGGCAUGGAGGUCACACCAACGUCUAGCCACGCAACAGCUCCGCCUCCUCGACGCGGCGUCAAGCGCAAGGCGAGCGAGGAGCGCGCUGCGCCCACGCGCUACUCGCCCCCGCCUAUCGAGACCGGCGUCAGCGACGAGACGCUCAACAGCUUCGCUCUGGCCAUCGGACGUGGGCCCCUAGUCGCGCCUCUGAUGUGGCGUGGCAUCGAGGACGCUGCAAAGCUGUGGGCCGGCGUGGAGGAGUACGUCCUGUUCGCACGGCAGCGAGGCGACCGUGCUCCGUUCUUCCCGGCCACGCGCGUCGUCAAGUACAUUGCGCAUAAGGCACUCAAACAGUACAAAGAGGCGGGCAAGGUCGAUUUGCGCGCGCUCAAGGAGGCCGAGCAGGACAUCAAGCGCUUCCAGGACGCCCUGGGUUUGACGUGGGACCCGGUGCAGGAGCGCGCGACGGCCCUUGUCAUCGCCGGCGCCCAGCUGUCGUGGGGCGCCGACGAGGCGCACGUUGACGGCGCGAGCGACACCGGGGGCAUAUCCUAGCGGUUCGCUCGACUCGAUCGACUCGCAGCCGACGACCCAGCCGACGCACCCGAUUGUUCUCCUCGCGUCGCGGGGCGCCGGGGGCAGUCGUAAGUUGUCGAUCGUGGGCGUUCCCCUGUGUGCAGUGUGCCCGUUGUCACAUUCCCAUCCUCCUCGAUCUCGAUCCACCCCGCCUUGGGCAAUGUGCAUUGGUUUUUCUCCUCUUCUCCUCUUCUCCCCUUCGUGUCAUUGCAUUUCCAAGUAUCAUGUGUUGGGUCGUCGUCCUGUGCACAGGUGGCGGAUGCG